AAUACUGCAGGCAGGAGAAAGGGUUGCGUGGGUCCCAGAACAGCAGCAUGGAUGGCGGGGAGCAGCGGAGGGGUGGGGUUCUUGGUAUAUUUCAAAGGUAGAGCCAAGAGGAUGGCGCAUGACUUCUUCCUGUCCACCAAACUUUGGGGACCCUCAGAAGAGGGUACUCAGGGAAGCGAGGUCACCUGGAGGUUCAUUGGGGACCCCACUUGACGUCUGUCAUCCCAGCCUCCCCUGCCAAACCCAGGAAUGACCUUGGGGUUCCCUGAGACUGCUGUUUGAAGGAGAGUGCCCCUCUUGCAGACACGUGUCCCCCCUGCCUGCUCGUCCUCCUCACACACCGGAGCUGCGCUGAAAGGCUGCACACAGCCCUGGGGGAGUGGGACAGGUGGGCGCUCUGGACACGGGUCAGGAAUUCACUCACUCGCUCCUCUCGCCUGCAGCCUCCGGGGGCUGCGAUGGGACGGGAGCCAUGAAUGGUGCCGCCCCCGGCCCCGCCGCCGCCGCCGCCCCGGUCCCGGUUCCGGUUCCGGUCCCGGACUGGCGGCAGUUCUGCGAACUGCACGCGCAGGCGGCCGCCGUGGAUUUCGCGCACAAGUUCUGCCGUUUCCUGCGGGACAACCCGGCCUACGACACGCCCGACGCCGGGGCCUCCUUCUCCCGCCACUUCGCCGCCAACUUCCUGGACGUGUUCAGCGAGGAGGUGCGCCGCGUGCUGGUGGCCGGGCCGGCGCCCCGGGGAGCGGCAGAGCCCCCAGACUUCAUGGAGCCCGAGCCCUCGGGGCCCCCGGCGCUCAAAGCCGCGCCCUACGGCCACUCGCGGAGCUCCGAGGACGUGUCGGCGCACGCGGCGGCCAAGGCCCGCGUCCGCAAGGGCUUCUCGCUGCGCAAUAUGAGCCUGUGCGUGGUGGACGGCGUGCGCGACAUGUGGCACCGGCGCUCCUCGCCCGAGCCCGACGCCGCUCCGCGGGCCGCCGAGCCCCCAGCCGAGCCGCGCGACAAGUGGACGCGGCGCCUGCGGCUGUCGCGGACGCUAGCGGCCAAGGUGGAGCUGGUGGACAUCCAGCGCGAGGGCGCGCUGCGCUUCAUGGUGGCCGACGACGCGGCCGCGGGCCCCGGCGGCGCCGCCCAGUGGCAGAAGUGUCGCCUGCUCCUGCGCAGGGCCGUGGCAGGCGAGCGCUUCCGCCUAGAGUUCUUCGUGCCGCCCAAGGCCUCCAGGCCCAAAGUUAGUAUCCCUCUGUCAGCCAUCAUUGAGGUCCGCACCACCAUGCCCCUGGAGAUGCCGGAGAAGGACAACACGUUCGUGCUCAAGGUGGAGAACGGAGCAGAGUACAUCCUGGAGACCAUCGACUCCCUGCAGAAGCACUCGUGGGUCGCUGACAUCCAGGGCUGUGUGGACCCUGGGGACAGCGAGGAAGAUGCCGAUCUCCCCUGUGCCCGGGGAAGCUGUCUGGCCAGCCGCGUGGCCUCUUGCAGCUGUGAGCUCCUGACGGAUGCAGCGGACCUGCCCCGGCCCCUAGAGACAACGGCAGCCGUGGUGCCGGCCCCACACAGCCGAGCUCGAGAUGCCGUCGGGGAGUCCCUGGUCCAUGUCCCGCUGGAGACCUUCCUGGAGACCCUGGAGUCCCCAGGUGGCAGCGGCAGUGACAGCAAUAACACAGUGGAGGACGGAGCAGAGCCCGAGCCCGAGGCUGAGCCCGAGCUGGAGCUCUCUGACUACCCCUGGUUCCACGGGACACUGUCACGGGUCAAGGCAGCUCAGCUGGUUCUGGCAGGCGGGCCCCGGAGCCACGGCCUCUUCGUGAUCCGCCAGAGUGAGACUCGGCCUGGGGAGUACGUGCUGACCUUCAACUUCCAGGGCAAGGCCAAGCACCUGCGCCUGUCCUUGAACGGCCACGGGCAGUGCCACGUGCAGCACCUGUGGUUCCAGUCUGUGCUCGACAUGCUCCGCCACUUCCACACCCACCCCAUCCCGCUGGAGUCCGGGGGCUCUGCAGACAUCACCCUUCGCAGCUAUGUGCGGGCCCAGGGCCCCCCACCUGAGCCGGGGCCCUCGCCCAGCGCCGCGCCCGCGCCCGCGCCCGCGCCCCCCGCCUGCUGGAGCGAGCCGGCCGGCCAGCACUACUUCUCCAGCCUCGCCGCGGCCGCCUGCCCGCCCGCCUCGCCCUCGGAGGCCGGCGGCGCCUCGUCCUCAUCCGCCUCGUCGUCCUCGGCAGCGUCUGUGCCCGGCGCCUCGCGCCCCGUCGAGGGCCCGCUGAGCGCGCGCAGCCGCAGCAACAGCGCCGAGCGCCUGCUGGAGGCGACGGGCGGGGGCGCCGACGAGCCCCCAGAGGCCGGGCCGGGAGAGGGCGCCCGGGGCCGCACGCGCGCCGUCGAGAACCAGUACUCCUUCUACUAGGCGGGCGCGGGCGGCGCCAAGGCCCUGGGGCCACCCGGACCCGCCCGGCCGCGGGGCGAUGGCCCACGUGGCCGUGGCCCACGUGGCCGUCCGUCCCAGGGACCCUGCCAGCCCCCGCCCGGCGCUGGGUGGGAAAAGCGAAGCUCUUCAGUGAAGACAUAAUGUUAUUAAAGAGCC